AUGAGCAAGUGGGGGAAUCUAUGUCGGCCACAGCUGCCACCGGACUACUUACGGCGUGACCUCCUCUUCCAGCUGCUGGAUUGCUAUCAAACAAAGGGCAGUGCGCACCCAACGGUCUCCAUAGUGCGUCACGCGGAGAAUCCUGUCGUCCGGCUAUACGGUGUUACCACCGAAGGACAUAGCGUUCUGGUGCACUGCUACAACUACGAACCGUAUCUGUGGAUCAGGGCCCCAAAAGGUUGGCUCCCAGCGUUCUCAAAGUUGCUCAAAUCCGAGUUGAACGCCCAGCUUGACACACUUACACAUGCUUCGGACACUGUGGUGCGCAUUGAAGUGCACAAGCGACAAAGCCUCAUGCACUACCAGGGCGAGGGCCCGACAGAGCACCUCAAAAUCGUUGUACAACUCCCACAGCACAUCCCAAGGCUGCGCACUCUGCUUUCCGAUCACGGAGUUGCGUGUGCGGGGGCGUGGGAUGGUGUCCGUGUCUUCCCCACCUACGAGAGUAACAUUAUUUUUCCAUUACGCUUUAUCGUUGACAAUGGCAUUAGUGGUUGCAAUUGGCUGACGGUUCCGGCGGGUAGCUUUUGCAUUGCCACGGAGCGUACGUCAACCUGUCAAAUUGAACUGUGUUGCUCGCAUGAGGCGGUGCAAAAUCAUGAUGCAGUUGGAAAAUAUUUGUCCAUUGCCCCGUUUCGUAUUCUAUCCAUCGAUAUUGAGUGUCAGGGUAAGAAAGGUCUUUUUCCAGACCCUAAUGAGGACCCUGUUAUUCAGAUUGCUAAUCACUGUAUUAGCUACGGCCAUGAGGCUGAACCACUAACUCGAACGAUUUUUACACUUAAAAGUUGUGCAUCCAUUGCCGGAGCACGGGUGUGCUCUUGUGAAACGGAAGAAGAAAUGCUGCUGGAGUGGGUUAGUUUUGUGAAGGCGAUUGACCCUGACAUUUUUACAGGGUAUAAUAUCAGCAACUUUGAUUUCCCGUACCUGCUCAAUCGCGGUGCUGCGUUGAGGAUCAACGCCGCAUUUCAUUAUUGGGGUCGCCAAGUAAACGAAAGAACUGUCCCGCGGGAGAAAAAGUUUCAGUCUAAGCAGAUGGGUAACCGUGAGUACACGGAGUUGACACUUGAGGGACGGGUGAUUUUGGAUGUUAUGGUGGUCAUUCAACGUGACUACAAACUGCGUUCCUACUCCCUUAACGCAGUGUCCCAGCACUUUUUGGGUGAACAAAAGGAAGACGUGCACCACUCCAUCAUUUCGGACCUGCAACAAGGAAACGAAGAAACACGACGACGGCUGGCGGUGUACUGUUUGAAGGAUGCUCUUCUACCUGUAAAGCUUCUGGAACGUCUGAUGAUAAUUGUAAAUAAUGUGGAAAUGGCGCGUGUGACGGGGGUUCCGAUUCAGUGGCUUUUGGAGCGUGGGCAGCAGAUCAAGGUUUUUUCCAUGAUGCUGCGCAAGGUCAAGGCUAAAAGCCUCGUCGUUCCAACAGUAGAGUACUCUGGAGGCGGCGGUGACCAGCGAGGCUACGAAGGGGCCACUGUUAUUGAGCCUUUAAAAGGAUUUUACAACUGUCCCAUUGCCACCCUUGACUUUGCAUCGCUGUAUCCAUCUAUUAUUAUUGCCCAUAACUUGUGCUACUCCACGUUGGUCCGGCCCUCCGAAAUUGCACGAUACCCAGCAGAAAUGUUGAGCCGCACCCCCACUGGCGACACCUUUGUGAAGCAGGAACUUUUCCCUGGUAUUCUUCCCGAAGUGUUGCAGGACCUGCUUGCGGCUCGGAAACGUGCCAAAGCGUUGAUGAAGGAUAUCCCCAUGGAUUCUCUUGAAUACAAAGUUUUGAAUGGUCGCCAGUUGGCCCUUAAGGUAAGUGCGAACUCGGUUUAUGGCUUCACAGGGGCACAAGUAGGGAAACUACCGUGUUUGGAAGUCAGUUCUUCUGUCACAGCGUAUGGGCGGUUGAUGAUUGAUCAAACUAAAUCCCUCGUGGAGUCUCUUUAUCCGGGUGUUAAGGUUGUAUAUGGUGACACUGACUCCGUGAUGAUUAAGUGUGCGACGGACGAGAAAAGAACGGACAAAGAGCGGUUGGAGUGUGCAAUGUCGUUUGGCAAAGCAGCGGCAGAGAAAGUGUCAAGCCACUUUUUAAAGCCUAUCAAGCUGGAGUUUGAAAAGGUGUAUUUCCCUUACUUGUUGAUGAACAAGAAGCGGUACGCAGGACUACUAUGGACAAACACCGAACGUUACGACAAAUUGGAUGCAAAAGGCAUAGAGACUGUGCGACGUGAUAACUGUCCACUCGUGGCCAGUGUUAUUUCUGGGGUAUUAAAUCGAAUUCUGAUACAGCGAUCGGUGGAUAGCGCAGUGGAGUUUGUUAAGGGGACGAUCCGCGAUCUCUUGUUGAACCGACUUGACAUUUCUCACCUCGUCAUCACUAAGUCGUUUUCCAAGGCAGAGAACGAGUAUGCGGUGGCACAGGCGCACGUUGCCCUUGUUGAACGAAUGCGCAAACGUGACCCUGCAUCUGCGCCAAACAUUGGUGAUCGCGUGGCGUAUGUCAUUGUUCGAGCAGCUCGGGGUGCCAAGGCGUACGAACGAAGCGAAGAUCCCAUCUAUGUGCUAGAAAACAAUGUUCCAAUUGACACCCAGUAUUACCUGGAACACCAACUCGCACCACCGCUUCUACGCGUGUUUGAGGGUGUCCUCGAUGACCCCAGCGUUCUUAUCAAGGGGGACCACACACGCCAUGUCUUGGUGUCAGCGCCCAGCAAAAACGCCGGGGGGCUGAUGAAAUUCGUCAGAAUUCAGCUUCAGUGCCUUUCAUGUCGUGCUGUCAUAAAAGAGGGAGCUCUCUGCGACGACUGCCAGCACAAAGAGGCUGAAGUCUAUGGGAAGAUUGUGGCGAAAAGAAAUCACUACGAGGCAAUCUACUCUCAGGUUUGGACUCAGUGCCAGCAGUGCCAGGGAUCACUAAAUCAGGAGGUUAUCUGCACAAGCAGGGAUUGUCCAGUGUUCUACAUGAGAAAGAAGGUCCAAAGGGAUGUCAAGGAACAGCAAACGCUAUUGGACCGUUUUGGUGUCGUGGAUGACUGGUGA